CACUCGGGGCGGCGGCGGCCGGGGGUGGCGGUGAGGCAGACGGGCCCAUCCUCUGCUGGCGGCGGCGGCGGCGGCGGCACCAUGUACGGCUUCGUCAAUCACGCCCUGGAGCUGCUCGUCAUCCGCAACUACGGCCCCGCCGUCUGGGAGGACAUCAAGAAGGAGGCACAGCUGGAUGAAGAGGGACAGUUUCUGGUCAGAAUAAUUUACGAUGAUUCCAAAACAUAUGAUCUCGUUGCAGCUGCAAGCAAGGUCCUUAAUCUGAAUGCUGGGGAAAUUCUUCAAAUGUUUGGGAAGAUGUUUUUUGUGUUUUGUCAAGAAUCUGGUUAUGAUACAAUUCUACGUGUCUUGGGCUCAAAUGUCAGAGAGUUUUUGCAGAACCUGGAUGCUUUGCAUGACCACCUUGCUACUAUUUACCCGGGUAUGCGAGCCCCUUCCUUUAGAUGCACUGACGCGGAGAAGGGAAAGGGACUCAUUCUGCAUUACUAUUCAGAAAGAGAAGGUCUGCAGGAUAUUGUCAUUGGAAUCAUCAAAACAGUAGCUCAACAGAUCCAUGGUACAGAAAUAGAUAUGAAGGUUAUUCAACAGAGAAAUGAGGAGUGUGACCACAUUCAAUUUUUAAUUGAAGAGAAAGAGUCUAAAGAAGAGGACUACUAUGAGGACCUUGACAGAUUUGAAGAAAAUGGUACCCAAGAGUCUCGCAUCAGUCCCUAUACUUUCUGCAAGGCAUUUCCUUUCCACAUUAUCUUUGACAGAGAUCUGGUGGUCACACAAUGUGGCAAUGCUAUAUACAGAGUCCUUCCACAGCUGCAGCCAGGAAAUUGCAGUCUUUUGUCGGUUUUCUCCUUGGUCCGGCCUCAUAUUGAUAUUAGCUUCCAUGGGAUCCUCUCCCAUAUCAAUACAGUCUUUGUACUGAGGACUAAGGAAGGGCUGUUGGAUGUGGAGAAGUUGGAGUGUGAAGAUGAACUGACUGGCACAGAAAUCAGCUGCUUACGCCUGAAAGGGCAAAUGAUCUACUUACCUGAAGCAGACAGCAUUCUCUUUCUUUGUUCACCAAGUGUGAUGAACUUGGAUGAUUUAACCAGAAGAGGUUUAUAUCUGAGUGAUAUUCCACUGCAUGAUGCUACCCGUGAUCUGGUUCUUUUGGGAGAGCAGUUCCGAGAGGAAUAUAAACUGACCCAGGAGCUUGAGAUCCUCACUGACAGACUGCAGCACACACUGCGUGCACUGGAAGAUGAAAAGAAAAAGACAGACACGUUACUGUACUCUGUUCUGCCACCAUCAGUGGCAAAUGAGCUGAGACACAAGCGUCCUGUUCCAGCCAAGCGCUAUGACAACGUCACCAUUCUUUUCAGUGGCAUUGUGGGAUUCAAUGCCUUUUGUAGUAAACAUGCCUCUGGAGAGGGAGCCAUGAAAAUUGUCAAUCUUUUAAAUGAUCUUUACACAAGAUUUGAUAUUUUGACUGAUUCACGAAGGAAUCCAUUUGUUUAUAAGGUGGAAACAGUUGGAGACAAGUAUAUGACAGUGAGUGGUCUACCCGAGCCUUGCAUGCAUCAUGCACGAUCUAUCUGCCACCUGGCUUUGGAUAUGAUGGAAAUAGCAGGCCAGGUUCAAGUAGAUGGUGAGCCUGUACAGAUAACCAUAGGAAUCCAUACUGGUGAGGUAGUCACAGGUGUCAUAGGUCAAAGGAUGCCACGGUACUGUCUCUUUGGAAAUACUGUCAAUCUAACAAGCAGAACAGAAACUACUGGAGAAAAAGGAAAGAUCAAUGUUUCUGAAUAUACUUACAGGUGUCUUAUGACACCAGAAAAUUCAGAUCCUCAGUUCCACCUGGAGUACAGAGGUCCAGUUUCUAUGAAGGGCAAAAAAGAGCCAAUGCAGGUUUGGUUUUUGUCCAGAAAGAGUACAGAGACAGAGGAAACAAAGCAAGAUACUUUCUGAGCUGAGGGAAGAGGAAGAGGACGCUGAAUAGGGUGCAAUACUGUCUCCAAAUAGGGUGCCAGACAGUAAGGUUAUGUUACGGAUGUUCUUUCAUAUUAUAUCUCCCAUUACCAUGUGCAAUACCAUUGUCUUUUGCCCUACUUCUGAAGUCAUACUUAGCAUCUUUGUCUGAGCGUGCUUGCUAAUUUUUGUCCUUAUUGUUUGGUGCUGUUACAUCACUGCUAUGAGCAUGUAUUUCAAGCUUUCCUGUUUUUGAUAUGCAUUUUUGCAUGUCAGUCAUGUGACCGUUCCUACCACCAGACGAUAUUGAAUGAAACCAUGUAGUAUGCAGCCACAACUAACCACUUCAGUAUGAAGCUUCACAUCAUCAUCUUCAUCUCUGAAGUACUGUGGUUAUGUGAAUUGAUGACAUUUCUGGAAAGACAGUUAUUUCAGUUGAUAGGCAGAACAAUGAACCUAAGGAACUAUGUUUAGUAAAACUACCUAAAGCAUCAUUACGAAAAUUAUUGCAUAAAUAGUAUCAGAUUUAGUUCUGGUAUUACCAUGCUUCUCAUUCAUUUUGUGACUAGCACUUGAUGCUCUGUAAAUUCCUGAUUAGAAAAGUGUUUCUCAUUUGAUAUUAUCCUGCAUUUUCCCUUUGUGGACACUGUAAACAUCUUCUGUACUGGAAGGGGGCAGCUGUUUUUCUGAUACUGCCAUUUGAAGCAUGUGCCAAUGUACUUCUACUGAAAUGCUGUUCACUUGCAAUGUAUUUAUGAUGAUUUAUAUAAACUAAAUUAAAUUGUCAUAUUAAUAAUAGAUUGCUGGACAAUAUUAGACCAUUCAUAGUGCAUUGAUUCUCAUCUGAUGUAGCCCCUGAAGUUGGAAGGCAUGCUGCUAGGACAUUGUUGCCUUUGGUUUGGUCUCUCUAACUUCAGAAAUUAUCUUAUUUUAUUUCUUGAGAGGAACUGGUAAUAUUCUAGACAUCAUGACAUAAUUAAAGCAUGUAAAGCUUGGAAAGUGUGGACAUAGUGUGUUUCAUCAGCUGAUGCAGUCAAUAAAAGUAGACAAGGUUUCAGAUGCAUAGACCUACCAUAACUUUAAUAUAUAGCGCAUUUAUAUGUGAAUAGUAUCUGUUCUUAUCUGACUGAUCAAUUCUGAAUAUUUGCAUUAUAAAAUAGAAUAGUACAAUUACUUUGUGUAUAAAAAUUGUCUAUAUCUAGUAUAACUUAGUAGCACAGAAUAUAUAUGUAUAAAUGUUUCAUGUUAAUGUGCAAAAAAUUGCAAUAAAUUAUUUUUUCCACUGA